UCUUCUCCGCCAGGGCUCCACCCCGCCCCCCUCUUUGGGAUGCCUGGUGGAGCAGGUUUGGUGCCCCAGUAGCUGUGGAAUCAAUCUGUAGGAAUAAUAUCUGCCCUCGGGACACCCAGAUCAGAGGACUGGGAGAGGUGGCGAGGCAGCUCUUCCCGGGGAAGCCAGCUGUGGUCACCGAGCGACUGGCACUUUGUUAGCAGCUGGGAAAAAAAGGGAGAUGCUGGCCAGGAUGCAACAGGAUGGAAGCAGCCCCGUGGAUGCCAGCCAUUGUUUGGGCCACGAGAAAGAGUGCUGGUGACGGCCAGUCUCUACCCUUCUCUUCCCUUUAAAAAAAGUGUUCUUUUCCCCUCAUUUCCAAAGUGACCAUUUACCAUGGGUUUAAUGAUGCCUAUCUGGGAGAGAACAAUGUUACAAACCAUGGGAAAUGAAGAUAAUGCAAUUCAGAGUAGUGAACCAGAAGCAAAUUCCACUGUUUCCACAAUCAAGACAACAGAGGAGAGGACUGUCAUGGAUCUCAAUGGUAUAGAUGGAAAUGAACCAGUGGAAGAAAGUGCUCUACUGAAAAGUAGUGAGCCAUCACCAGAAUCAUCACCAGAAUCAUCAAGUAGGGAGAAACUGAGGCAAAUAUUUGCCUGUCCCCCAAAAGGCAUCUUUGGUCAAAUAAUAACAAAUGUUACCAUGGUUGUUCUUGUAUGGGCUGUGGUUUGGUCAAUUACUGGCAACGAAUGUCUUCCUGGUGGAAACCUAUUUGGAAUAUUAAUCCUGUUUUUUUGUGCCGUCAUUGGGGGUAAACUUCUGGGAUUUGUCAAGUUACCUACAUUGCCUCCACUACCUCCUCUUCUUGGGAUGCUGCUUGCUGGGUUUCUUCUUAGAAAUAUUCCUGUCAUCAGUAACGAAAUCCAGAUUAAACACACAUGGUCUGCGUCUCUGAGAAACAUAGCCCUUUCUAUUAUUUUGGUUCGCGCAGGGCUUGGACUUGAUUCAAAGGCCCUGAGGAAGCUGAAGGCUGUGUGUGUACGAUUAUCUAUGGGCCCCUGCCUUGUUGAGGCAUGUUCAUCUGCUGUUCUUGCCCACUUCUUAAUGCAUUUACCUUGGCAAUGGGGAUUUAUCUUAGGUUUUGUUCUAGGCGCUGUCUCCCCAGCUGUUGUGGUGCCCUCGAUGCUCAUUUUGCAAGGAGGUGGAUAUGGUGUUGAAAAAGGUGUCCCCACUUUGCUUAUGGCUGCUGGUAGCUUUGACGAUAUUCUAGCCAUCACUGGCUUCAAUACAUGUUUAGGCAUGGCUUUCUCUACAGGUUCCACAAUUUAUAAUGUUCUCAGAGGAUUGCUGGAGGUGAUAGUUGGUGUGUCAGCUGGAUCUCUUCUCGGAUUUUUUAUUCAGUACUUUCCAAGUAGCGAUCAGGGAAAACUGACUUGGAAGAGAGCUUAUCUCAUUUUGGGUCUGGCUGUGUUUGCCGUCUUCAGUAGCAUGUUUUUUGGUUUUCCAGGAUCAGGGGGACUGUGUACACUGGUUAUGGCUUUUCUUGCUGGCAUAGGAUGGUCUAGUGAAAAGGUAAAUGUUGAAAAGAUCAUUGCAAUUUCAUGGGACAUUUUUCAACCUCUUCUUUUUGGAUUGAUUGGAGCAGAAGUGUCUAUUACAUCCCUUAGACCAGAAACAGUUGGGCUAUGUGUGGCCACCUUGGGCAUUGCCGUGUUGAUAAGGAUUGUUACCACAUUCUUGAUGGUGUCCUUUGCUGGUUUUAACAUAAAGGAAAAAAUAUUCAUAUCUUUUGCCUGGCUUCCUAAAGCCACAGUCCAGGCUGCCAUAGGAUCCGUGGCAUUGGACACUGCAAGAACACAUGGAGAUGAACAGCUGGAAGCAUAUGGAAUGGAUGUGUUAACAGUCGCAUUCUUGUCGAUUCUGAUCACAGCUCCAAUCGGAGGUCUGCUCAUUGGGCUUCUAGGCCCCAGACUGCUGCAGAAAGCUGAACAGAGUCAAAAUAAAGAUGGAGAAGGAACAGAAUCACAUGUACAAAUGUAGAGGUGAAAGGAGGGACUCUGGGAGUAAUUAUUUUUAAAACUGUCACUAUCACUUGUUGCUGUUCAUCAGAAUUUUUCUAUCAGGAUGGGUGUUGAAUAGCAGAAUCUUAAGCUGGAAGGGAUAUCAGGCCCAUCUAGUUCAGCCUGUGCAGGAAUGCCCACUACGGUGUGCCAUCCAUAGUCAUGAAGUCUUCUUUUGAAGCCCUCCAUGGAAGGGGGCAGCCCAUGACACUUCUGCAUCCCUCUAUUGGUAAGAAAGUUUUUCUUUCUUACAUCAAGCCUAAAUUUGCCUCUAUACAAAACUCCCACCCAUUGUGCUAUGUAAUGACAUAAGUUAGAGGUGCAAUAGAACCAAUAACUUGGGUCAGUUCUUUAGUUUUCUUUUAAAAUACAUUUUUCAGGCUUUGCCAAUUUGAGUUCACUGCUCAUUUACAUGCCUUUUACCAGCUAUACAUGUAUGAGUGACCUCUCACCCUUCUUUUAGUCUGGUGUCUUCAGCUGCCUUCUGGACAUUUGUACUCAGAUAUCCUUCCAACAUGUGAUACCUAACUUGUAUAAUCCUCCACACCCCUGGGACCAAAACAGCUCCUCCCAACUUCCUGUUGCUAUCACCUAACAGGGUUAUCAGUUUACAUUCCAGGUAGGGCAGAACUCUAGAAUUUUGGGAGAAAGUCAAAAAACAUUUCACUGAUAGAUGAAAAUGGACAAAAGAUAAACUAUUAUAAAGAUGGUUAUUUCUUACAAUAUUGUGAAGAGUAUGAAAUAAGUCUUAGCUCCCUAUUGAAGCUGACAGAGGAGUGACCAGUCCAUCAUGACAGAGUGUAGAGCGGGCCAUCUUUUCACAGGUCAUCAUUAGCAAACAUGGUCAUUAAGGGGUGAAUUUCCCUUUAGCUUUAGAAUGGUUCAGAAUAUCUUUUGCCCCUUUUUUCUUUCUUAUUUCAACAUGCUUAAAAUUGUGUUUAUCACUAAGGCCCUGAGAGAUGAGAAUAGAAAUUGUAUUUACAUCAGUGAAUAGUAGGAAAUGAUGAUGGGCUUACCAGGAGUAUUUACUUCAAUACUUCAAGCACCUGUCAUUUUGUGAAUGAAUGUUCUCCCUCCACUGAGUAUUGUUGACCUGAAAGUUUGGUUAAAGGAGGCAAACAGGCUAGGUGAUAUAUAAAAUCAUAUUGUUUAUUCCCUUAAAGCUAGCAGAUACAUGAUCAUGGAAUCAGAAGCAAACUUCUGAUUGCCUGACAGAAAUAUGACAAGGUAUAAAUAUACUUUAGAACAAUCCCAACUCCAGUUUAUGGUCUCCGUAUCAUAAGAAAGGAAGUUUCUUAUUUGAAUGAGUCAUAACUACAAUAAGACAAGACAGUUUUCAAGGUAGUGUCACUUAGAGAUUACAUCCCAAGAUGCAAAUGUCCCUAGAAUAUCAGGAUAAGAGAACUCCCACUGUUCCGGUUGAGGACGUCGGGUCACCAACAGGAAAAAUACCCCUUGUCAAUCUUAUCUGGUCUUUGAAGUUGCUGACACAGGAAAGGGCAUUUUGUUUUUUUAGAGUAGAGCAAAGCAGUUUGAUUGAUUAGUUUCAGGCUUGGGAUCUUAUUGGGGUUCGAAUAAUCUGAAAGGAUCGUCAGUAUAAACAUACCUUCCUUCAACUUAUAAGCCCUGGUGUUGAGUCUUUUCAAAUUUAACUGGACUGAAACUCAGGCAACAGAAAUAAGGCUCCUUAUUCAAAGUCUUUUAUUCUGGAACUUUGUGGUCUUGUGAAAGGCAUCUUCAAAGGCUUUGCCAGCCCCCCUGUAGAAGCUUUGGCAGGUCCUACCUGACAGGAAAUGCUCUAAGUAUAGUCCAAAUGAUGAUCAAAAAGGAUAUCUGAUUAGAAAUUCUAGAAUCUCUAAGAUAUGUAGGACCUGGAAUUAAUUUAGUUUAUUUUCUUGCCCCCAAAGGACUCAAUUUAAAAUUGAUUCAGAAAGGCAUCUCUCUGAGCAUUAAAGGUGUAUAUGGAAGACUUCUUGGAAGAUAAUAGAGUAGAAGCAAGAGUUCUUAAUCUGGGUUGAUGGGCAAAUUUCAUGGGGUUCUAUGAAUCUGGAUGAGAAAAAAAGACAUCUCUAAUUUCACUAACUUCUAAUCGAAAUUAAGCAUUUCCUUUGAUUAUUUAAAAACAUUAUUCUGAAAAGGAAUCCAUGGGCUUCCCCAUACUGCCAAAUGGGGUCCAUGACACAAAAAAGAUUCAGAACACCUAGAGAGAGAAGCCAAGGGAAUUAGCUCUGUCUUUACUUAUUCAAAAAUGCUUCCCCUAGAUCUCUCCCCUUUCCACCAAAAAGGGAAGAUAAAAAACAAUAGAAAUAAUAGAAAACAGGGGGCGGAAACCCUUGAGAGGAAGUGGAGAGUACACCUGCUGAGAUGGAGUCAUUCUGCCUUGGAGUCUCUGAGUCUGCAUUGACUCAUAGGUAUUACCUCUUUCCCCUCACCCCCAUCCCCAUCCCUCCGAGUGUUGAUUGAGGCUAUGGAAUUUUCUGAGGCUUUCUUAUCUUACCUCCAUACCAAGAGAAGGAUUAAGUUUAUGCAAAAGGAGUCCUAGAACCACCACCCACAGACUGGGUCCAGAUGGGGGGUCCUAAUUAUAACACUUGCCUAAGUAAGAGACAUCCCCUACCUUCCUCCAGCUGAUCAAAGUUUGUGGAAUUCCUGGCCUCAUACCACACCUCUAUUCUCCAAAUUAGUUAGGGAUUCCAAUCAGCCUCACCCCAUUCUUCUGUCUGCUGAACAGCCUACUUGCUUUUUUUUUUCAUUUAUCCCAUAGCAAAACAAAAAUCAGAGAAAGUAUACAUAGAAAAAUAUUAUGUGCCAGACACUAUAGAGCGGAGGAGCUUUCCCAUUGGGAAUGGGACAACUCAACUCAAUAAAAGAGCCCUAGAUCCCACUGACGGGGAAGUUCCCCAGAGUCAUCUAGUAGAGCAAGCUGGGGAUAGGAAUGAGAAAUACAGGUCAAUGCAGUCUCCUCCUCCUAUCUCUCACUUUCAGAAAAGACUCAAAUUUACGUGGGCCAUAACUCUUUUCCCAACAAGGCUUGAAACUCCAUAGCCUCAAGAAAAGUAGGGCCAAGGAUCCAGGGAUCUGGCCACUGGCCCCUCCAAGCUUCUUCCCCCACACUCCCUUUAGCAUCAUCACUCAGUUGCCUGCGUUCCCUAGGACAUACCUCCACGACACUGGCCAAGCUUCAUUGUUACUGUGCUCCAGCCUUUUGGCACAUACCCCCAACAGGUACCUUUUCUCACUCCACCCCCUUUUCUGUUCCUUUUUAAGUGUAGCCUUCCUCCAUUAGAAUGUAAGAAUGCUAAUUGGCUGCCCUCUCAUACAUACUCAAGGAGGCAAACACUUCCAGUGUCCUAGAACUAGGUUCAGGCUGCUCUGGGCCUCUCUUCUUCCCUCCCCCUUUUCUAGACUUUGGUAGCGUUGUAGGUAGUUUGACUGAGAGUCAGGAAUGUUCAAAUGUUCAAAUGUUCAAAUCCUGCUUCUGACACUUGUUAGCUGUGUACCCUUGUGACCCUGGGCAAGUCCCUUAAGCUGUUUGCCCUAGAUUCCCCAAUUGUAAAAUGAAGAUAAAUAGUUGCACCUACCUCACAGGGUUGUUGUGAGGAUCAAAUAAAAUAACAUACAUUAAGCACUUACAAACCUUU